UUUCUUAAGGGGGAAAAGGGGGAGGUCACGCAGGUUUGGGGUGACCAAAGGCCGUGUGUAGAACAAGUGUCUUUCAAACGGCCAGCGCUGUGCACACACUGCCAGCGCGCUCCUGUCCCUGUUCCGAGCCAGGGAUGGGCACAGGGCAGGGCCGUACGGGGGGAACCGCUGUGGGCACAGGGCCGGGUCCUGCGGGAGGAACCGCUGUGGGCACAGGGCCGGGCCGUGCAGCGGGAACCGCUGUGGGCACAGGGCCGGGCCGUGCGGGAGAACCGCUGCGGGCACAGAGCCGGGUCCUGCGGGAGGAACCGCUGCGGGCACAGAGCCGGGCCCGGCCGGGCCGUGCGGAGCGCGCAGGCGCCUCGGGGCGGGCUCGGCGCGGUUGCCGGAAGAGCCGCCCCGGCUAUGCCGAGCCUCACCGGGUUCCUGCGGGGCCGGGCGGCGCUGGUGCGGAGCGGCCGGGCCAUGCCGGGGAAGGGAAAAGCAGCCGCCAAGGGCCCCGCGGAGCCGGGCGCCGCCGCGGGACCGGUGGUGGCGGCGGGCGGCGGCUCCGUGAGGGUGGCGGUGCGCGCCAAGCCCGGCGCCCGCUGCAGCGCCGUCACAGAUGUGACAGCUGAGGCAGUAGGAGUAGCUAUUGCUGCACCUCCAUCAGAAGGGGAGGCAAAUGCAGAGCUGUGUCGCUACCUCUCUAAGGUGCUCGAAGUGAAGAAGAGUGAUGUUAUUUUAGAGAAGGGGGGUAAAUCACGUGACAAAGUGGUGAAGAUUUUGGUUUCAGCAACACCAGAUGAAAUUUUAAAAAAACUGAAAGAAGAAGCUUCCAGUUGACCUAAAACAAGAGCAAGAAAUAGGAAAAAGCAUCUUGGUAUAUGGACUGGUAUUCUGUCUUACUUAAUGUAGUGCUGUUGAGAAUGUGGGUAAUGACUACAGGAAGAUACUUCUUCCCCUCCCCUCUAAGUGAAGCAGAUGUUGGUUAACAAAGCAAGAGGCUUGGAGUGACGCCUUCCAUGUGGGAAGUGGUACCAAAGGACAAAUCUGGAUGGCAGAGACAUAAAGGAGACUGAUCUCUCUGGUAUCUCACAGUAGGUACUGUGUGCAGCUUUUCACUGUGGGGACUUACAGAGAUCUAAAAUAAAUGUCUUUGAAGCCAGUGUGCUGUUGUUGAUCACACAGACAAGCUGAAAGUAGAAUCACCUGAACAACUGAAAGAAAACCAGAAGUUUUCAGUAUGAAAAACCAGUGCAGAACCUGGUCAUUUUACACGUGGGGUCACUUUGUAAUAGUCUGUAAAUAGUUUCCUUAAAAGUAGAGAUAUGUUCAUACAUAUCUUUGCCAAUUGUAUGUCACCUGUAAUGACUGUUUUUAAUAAAAGAGGCAAAAAGGAUUAUCAA